UGGUGCUCGGGGCUUGGGCUAAGUCAGUUGGUCAGUGUUAAGUUUCGAUUUGAUUCUUGAUAACAUUAGAAAUAAAUAAAACGUCAUGUUAUUGGGUGGGUCAAGUAAAACAUUCGGUCUUUUUAUCUCUUGUUUGUCUGAUACGGUCAACCAAGUGCCUUGAAAGUUGUUUGACAAAUGCUUACCAUCUCAUGGAGACCUAAUCAAAAAUAUCGCGAGUUAGUGAUAAACAAAAAAUGAUCUAUCGCUCCCGUCGAUUUUUGAGCCAGGCCCUAAGCAACGCAAACGUCAGACAGCUUCGAGCAGUACAACAACAACUAGCCAGCCGUCGACAUAUCAGCACUUUUACUCGUCAGAGGCUUGUAAACGCGUUAAUCAGCUCUGCGAAAUUUCAUCAGCACAAAUAUGUCGACACGAGGUGGCUGUGCACAACGACUUCCAAACUCGAUGCAAAGAGUAAGGCGGAAAAAGGAGAUGCUGCGAAGCUGCAGGUGAAGGCUGAACAGCAGCAGACACAACAGGAAAACAAUGUCAUGCAGAGGAUUGUUAAGUUGGACGAGGAUAACCUGGGUAAGCUAAAAGAACGAGUGCUCAAUGUAGAGGGUACGUCUGAUUCUACAGUCGUCCCUCCUGCUGUUAAGGCCACUGUCAAGAUUCUGACUGAGAUCAUCAAAGAGGAGAAAAAAAAACUGGACCUAAAGGAUAAAAUCAAGGGAGACGAAAAAAAGUUAGCGGAAGACGUAGCUACAGGAUCAGUUGCUAAAAAACCGCCUCCUUCCGUAAAGAAAAAAAUUAGAGUAGACCUGUCAGUUUCUUCGUUGGAAAGGAAUUUUAUAACACCGAUUAGAGCAAUGUCUGAUUUUUUACUUAAACAAUCGGAUUUGGAAUCGCUGCCCAAAACUAAAAGAAGAUCACCAUACGAAUUCGAACCACCGAUCACUGUGUACUGGAGAAAAGAUGUUGAAGCCAAAGCUCUGGAAGUCUGGGGCUCCAAAGAAGCUGUGUUGAAAGAGUUGCUGAAAAAGGAGCUUGAGAGGCGGACUUAUCAACAAAAUGUAUUUACUGUAAAAAAGAGAUUAAGGGACUACAGAAGAGAAGUCGGUAGUCAAAAUCAAAUGUUUGAAAAAGAGGGGCUCUUGGGUAGAUCUGGUAAAGUAGUUAUGACAGCUGUUGUUAUAAACGGGGGUAAUUUUAUUUUUAAGCUUCUUGCGUGGAUUUACACUGGCUCUCAUAGUAUGUUUUCAGAAUGUAUACAUUCAGCUGCAGACACAUGCAAUCAGUUGAUUUUAGCAUAUGGUAUUCACAAGUCUGUUCAGACUCCAGAUCCCGACCAUCCCUACGGUUACUCAAACAUGAAGUACGUUUCUUCAUUAAUUUCUGGUGUCGGAAUAUUUUGCGUCGGAACUGGUCUGUCUGUUUACCACGGAAUCAACGGAAUUUUAUUUCCAAACCCAGUAGAAUCGUUUUACUGGGCAUACAUUAUACUAGCUGGCUCACUAGUUUCGGAAGGAGCAACUUUACUAGUUGCGAUUAAUUCAAUUAAAAAAGGAGCGAUCGAAAAGCGAAAAAGUUUUCGAGAGUACGUAAUGACGGGUCACGAUCCAUCAGUCAACGUUGUCUUGAUGGAAGACUUUGCAGCUGUCCUUGGAGUACUGUGUGCCGGUACGUGCAUGGGAUUGACGUCGUAUUUAGGAAAUCCUAUAUUUGAUGCAAUCGGUUCCCUACUAGUUGGUGGACUCCUUGGUGGCGUAGCCUCAUUUAUUAUUUACACAAACGUUGCUGCUUUAGUUGGUCAGAGCAUACCUCAAGAGAAUCUCGAUAAAAUGAACUCUGAACUGGAGUCUGAUGUUAUGGUAAGAGCCAUCCAUGAUGUAAAAGGUAUAGAUAUGGGCAACAGCCUUGUAAGAUAUAAAGCUGAACUAGAUUUUGAUGGUCGAGAGUUGACUAGAUGCUACUUGGAUAAACACGAUCUGAAUGCAAUGCUUGAAGAGGUUCAAAAAAUGCAGAACAUAGAUGAACUUGAGUCGUUUUUACUUAAACAUGGGGAGAAUAUUGUUGACAUGCUUGGCGGAGAAAUCGAUCGUAUCGAGUUAAAAUUGAAGAAAAAGUUCCCUGAAAUUCGACAUUGUGAUUUAGAAAUUCUAUAAAAAGCUCUUAGCACAGGUUAAGAUAACAAGGUGUAAAUAUUAUAAUUAUUCUAUUGUUAUUAUCUCAACUAUUAUAUGUAUUCGCGAGGAUGUAAAAUUUUUUUUGUCUAGAAAAACGCAGGGCGAUCGUAAUAUUUUAUUACGUGAUUGCUUUAAUAAAGCUGAGCAAACCAGUAAAUAAUAUACGUAUUACGUAUACACAUUUUAAUGUUUCGAUUACAUCUUUAUAAAAUAUUUGCUUUUUGCAAAAAUAAACAAUAAAUCAUUUAUUAUGAUAAAAGGGCA